ACUCUAAGCAAGUAUGGCAGCGCCUGCUCGGAAUCACGUGUGGGUAGGAACCGAGACUGGAAUAUUGAAAGGCAUUAAUCUUCAAAAGAGACAAGCCAUUAAUUACACAGAUGUGGGAUCCCUAACUAAGGGGCAGGAGGUUACUGCCAUGUGCUGGGGUGAUCCACAAGAGUCUGAGGUUUUUCUCGGUUGUGGAGACGGCACGGUCAGAGUUUUCAGCAAUGAAAAAUCCAAAUUCACUGAAAUUCAUGAGUGCAGAGGAGGGGAAGGGACAUUUAAAGGACUUGCUGUUGUCGAUAAUGCUCUCGUAACGUGUGUGGAGUCUGGACUCUUAAAAGUUUGGAAGGCUGGGGAGUUUGAUAGUCUAGAGGUGCAGGUUGGAGCUGGGAUUGAGAAGAUGCGGCAGUGUGAAACCCAAAAUCAGCGAUUUGGAACAGGAGGCAAAGAGAAUGACCUAAAAAUCUGGGAUUUGGAAAGACCUGAGGAGCCCGUUUUCAGAGCUAAAAAUUUAAGGAACGACUGGCUGGAUCUCCGUGUACCUGUAUGGAUAAAGGAUCUUGGAUUUAUUCCAGGGUCAGAGAAAAUUGUAACAUGCACAGGUCAUCACCAGGUCAGAAUAUAUGAUCCAAGCAGCCCCCAGAGACGUCCAGUCUUAGAGGUUCUGUAUGAAGAAGAUCCACUAACUGCGCUGAGUAUCACCCCAGAUGGCAGGUCUGUCAUUGUUGGAAAUUCCCAUGGGAAUAUGGCAGUUAUCGAUCUAAGGAAAGGCCGAUUGCUUUGUGCUCUCAAGGGAAGUGCUGGAUCCAUACGCUCCAUCCAGUGCCACUCAUCCAUGCCUAUUGUGGCUUCCUGUGGGCUUGACAGGUUCCUUCGAAUCCACAACUAUGAGAACAAAGAACUGCAGCACAAGGUGUAUCUGAAGUCUCGGUUAAACUGCCUUCUCUUAACGUCACGUGACAAAUGGGAGGAAGAUGAUGUAACUUCAGCUGCAGAGCAGGAUGUUAAGGAGGAGGAAGAUGAAGUGUGGGACAACAUGGAGACAGUGGUGGACAAAACCAGCAAAAAACGCCAGGGGGUUCAAAUUAGGGCGCUGGAGGCUGGAACUAAAAACCCCACCCGUAAAAAAAAGAAAUGUGCUUGAGCUCUACUUUUUUUGGAGAAAUGUAUUGAUAAAGUAUAGGCAAGUACAAACAUGACUAACUGCUCCGAUGUCCAGACUGCCAUCUCUGCUGCUGCAUUCUCCUUUAAUUCCAUCUCAAGGAAAGAGAUCUUUUCUGCAGUUCAUGGAGCAGCUUUUGGAUAAACUGAACAACAGCUGACUGAUAUAGUGAGGAUGCUGGACCCCAUGCAGAUGAACCUUAUUAACCUGUAUUUUAUAUCUCAUAGACUAAAGUGAAGUGCUAUCUAUUGGAUUUCAUGUCACAUUCAUGUAAAUAUUUGUUCAAUAUAGGAAUAAAUAGAUCCUUCCUACA